ACUGCGUAAAAAAGAAAUUGCCUGGUACGCUAUCGAUGGCGGCGCUGCGAACGGCAUUAGUAUGACGCCAGCAGGGGGAUUCGCGCGUUUUCGUCUGCUACGUAGGCCCAGCUGCGGUAAAUCUAAAAACAAAGCAGCAUCUUGCGUAUGGUGGCAUUUGACGCUGUUUGAACGAACGUGCGUCUCUUUUAUAGCUCUCCUCAGUCUCUUUUGAGAACUUCAGCUCUUUGUUUCUCAGAAGUGCGGCCGCUUGUCUCCGUGGCAAGUGCUGCGCUAUGGUGAAGUACUGUUCCGUGCCUCAGUGUACUUCGUCCGCUCGUGAAAAAGGCGUUAGCUUUCACAACUAUCCUAAGGACCCGAAGCUGAAGAAGAAGUGGAUAGUCAAGCUCAGAAUGGGAAAGCUCCCCACGCCUUCACUGACCGUGUGCAGCAAACAUUUUGCGGACAGCGACUUCUGCUACCCACCGUACGCGCCGCUCUUCGGCUAUCGGACAAGGCGACUCGCACCAGAUGCGGUGCCGUCCCAGAACUUGCCGCGAAGGCCCCUAGACAAGGAGCCAACGACACGGCGUCUGAAUCGCCUCGCAGCCUCUAGAAGUGAAGAUGAACAAGGCAUGCGAUCUGAAGUUCUUGGCUCAAUACCUUCCAAUGAAGCCGUUGCAGCCGGACCAUCAACUGCGCUUGGUGAUAAAGAAAGCACACAUGGAAAGAAGAAAAGGAGAAAGGUGCCUGCCGCAGCUGAGACGCGGAUUUCGCAACAGCCAAAUGUACUCAGCACGACCAUGGAAUCCAUGCCUGUAGGUGAUGAGGCCGACAACAGCCAGAAGAGGAUUGUGUGCAGGUGCAAUAUCAUUGUGCCAACAAAGUCUCGUGCCACCAUAUGUUCAACACGCCACCUGAUGCGUAAUGUGUCAUCCUGGAAGGCAACAUCGGCUGUGGUGUUGCAUAAGCAAACGCAGGCCAAGCUUGUUAAGAUUUCGAGGACGACACAGACAUUAUGACAUUGUCAAUGUGCAGCAAGUACAGUAGGUAGCCACAUGUUUAAGCACAUCGAUUGUCAUUUUGCUGCUGUGCUGCCAGCCCUGAUGAUGUCUGCAUACGUCCCCUUGGUAUUGGGCGAUCAGCAGUGCUACCAGGAUCUGGCAAAUAUGGAUGUAUUUAGACACACAACUACCGACACUGUGCCAUGUUUGCAGCAUCUGGAUUGCAACCAUCGUGAACUGGAGUGCCUCUGGUGUCAUCAGUACAUAUUACCAUGCCUUAUGUUAUGAGGAGUGCAUCAUUUGCUGUCAUCUUCAGAAGGCCUACUAAUUUAUGACAUACUAAGUAUUCUGUCAUGCUUGCAACAUUUGUCAUGCUUGCUUAUCUUCUUAAUGCCUGAAUUUUUUUUAUAUUAUGUUCAAGGAAGACAAAUAAAAUGUUAUAUGAUUCUGUAUAUGGAUUUGUAAAAUGAUCAUGAUUAAGGAUCAUAAACUAAGCU